AUGGCAAAGAAUUCAAAAUCCGUUCCCCAAAAGGAAACUCCCUCUACCUCGCGAUGGGCUAUAGAGGAAAACAUAUCAUCUGCUGCUACUGAAGAAUCGACACCGGAACCUCCCCUGAAGAUGUUCGUUCCUACGGGGUGCCCAAUCGGUGCUGAUUUCAAGGUCGAGAAAACCUCCUCGGUACUGGUUGUUGCUCGUAUGCCAGCUGCAGUUCCUCAACUCAAGGAGUGGGUCGAAGGCAUCGUGUCCCAGAAACCAUAUUCUGAGCGCGCAUGGCGCAAACUUUGGAAGGGCCGGUCUUCCCAAGGAUGUUGUGGUGGCGAGGAUUGCCCCUCCGAGUCCCCUGCUUCGAGACAGGGUGAGGAAAAGAAGAGAAAAAGGGCUCCGAGUUCUCCGAAUUCGGAGAAGAAAAAACCAAAAAGAAGGCUGGUGUACAAAUCCAAGGAAAGCACCAACGCCCGGGAGAUCCCAUCGGACUCACUCAGUCGACUGAGGGACGAGUCCGAAGAAGAAGAAGAAGCUUCCGAACUGGUGGCCCGCGUGCAAAGCGAUACCAAACUGCCUCAAACCAGGGUGGCUGGUGAAGAGGCAGUGGCCGAGGCCUCCGAACCAGAGACGGGCGAGGCCGUUUUUCCCCAAGCUGGGGAGGUCGACAAAGAGACCACGGCCGGUGCUUCUCGGGCAGAGGAUAACAUCCUGAAGGAUGCGCUUGGAGUGAUAGACCUCUCCGAGUCGCCCUCAUUUACCGACUCCAUGAUCAACGAGGCCCAGAUGCUGAAAGGACGCCUAAACGAGGGGCCCCAAGGGGUGGAAGACUCUUUUAACAACUUCUUUGAUGGCUUAGAUUCUACCGCCUCAGAGGACGUCACCGGGUUGGGUGAAUUACCGGUACCAAAGAAGAGACCGUCUUCGGGAGCCAACAUGCCUUCUUCAAGUCCAAAAUUAGUAAGCCGGUUCCCAGCUCCAAGCGCAGAUCCUAAUCGGAAGCGGUCAAUUAUUAUGUCUAUUCCAGAGGAUGCCCGGGUUCUCUCUACCCCCAUGGGGGUUGCCAGCUAUCUUCUGUGCCUGGUGACCGAAGGGGAUCAAGCCAAGAUGGACGGGGUGGAAGCGCCCUGCCUGUUCAAUGAAGCAAACCAAGCGUUGAAUCGGGCCUCAGCCGAGACUCGAGGGUUCACUAAGAAGAGGGAUGCUUACAAACUUCUCAGUGAGAAACUCCGGGAUGAGCUAGAGGCGGUCCGGAAGGAACAUGCCGACCUAGUCGAGCAGGUAAGAAGAGUAUUUGAAGUUGGUGAUGAUGAGUCAAAUACAGUGGCUAACGGUCCGAACCCGCAGGAUCAAAAGAAACUUGAUCAGAUCGAGCAGCUCCAGGUGGAGGUAGAUGUAGUGAAGGCCGAGGCCGAAGAAUGGAAAAGAAACAUGGACCGCUUGGCCUCGGAAAAGGAGGCUACCCGGGCACAAUUGACUUCGGUUGAGGUUCAGCUUCGGACUACAAAGGAAAAGGCUUUGGUGCGGCCAAAAAGAGAGGCCCUCGAGGAGAUUCACGCUCGGGGUUUCGAUCUAUCGGCUAAGAUCAAUGAUGCCAAGGUGCUCGAAGCCAUGACUAGGAAGCUGGCCUAUCCCAAGGAGGAAGAUUCCGAGGAGUCUGAAGAUUCGGGUGAGUCCGAGGGUGGCAGAGACCCUGAAGGUGAUGAUGCGGUCCCUGACGAAGACUAG